GAAACCGAGAGCAAGGCAUCGAGUUUGGUGCGGAAAGGUUGGAGCUUGCCGAGACUGGUUUGGUUUCCUCCGCUGCUUCUUCCGUCUAUGAGGAAGCUGUGGCCGAACCUGGAGCGGGAGGAUGGACUGGACACGGUCCUGGAAGUGCCCAUGCCGGAGGAGACGUUCCUCGCCGGCGGCGUUGGCUCCCGUAGCAGCAAGACGUUCUGCACCAACGUGAAGGCGUGGAUGCGACCGCACGUCGGCCGGGCGAUGACGACCGGCAGCAGCGGAGCGGAACUCCAGCUCAUGCUGGGUGUCAUUGGGGCGCCCCUCGUCCCUCUUCCGGUGCAUGCUUACAACUCCACGGUCAUCAAGGACAUGAAGGAGGACACAAUUGAAGUGUCGAUGGCGAGGUACAUCGUGCAGCAGUAUAUCGCGGCAUCGGGAGGAGAUCAGGCGCUGAACGCGAUCCAUAGCAUGUACGCCAUGGGGAAGGUUCGGAUGAUGGCGACGGAGAUGUCCAAAGGCAACGGCUGCAGAAGCGGGGACGGCGCAGCGGCUGCUGGCAAUGGCAGGAAGGCGAGGAAGGGGCUCGGCAACGUCGGAGAGAUCGGCGGGUUCGUGCUGUGGCAGAAAAAGCCCGACUUGUGGUGCCUGGAGCUGAUGGUCUCCGGGAGCAAGAUCAGCGCCGGGAGCGACGGUAAGGUGGCUUGGCGACAAACGCCGUGGAACCAGCCGCACGCCUCCCGCGGACCUCCUCGCCCCCUUCGCCGCUCUCUCCAGGUACCCAACACGGCAGUAAUUGAUCCCAUGAUAUUUCUUAUCGACAUUUCGUCAACGUAUCGCGCUCACCAAAAUCGCAACGUUUCAGGGGCUCGAUCCGAGAUCGACGGCGAACUUAUUCGCCAAGUCGGUGUGCCUCGGGGAGAAGGCCGUCAACGGCGAGGACUGCUUCGUGCUGCGCCUGGACGCGGAGGCGACGACCCUUCGAGCGCGCAGCAGCAGCAGCGUCGAAAUCAUCCGCCACACCGUUUGGGGUUACUUCAGCCAGCGUACCGGCCUCCUCGUCCAGCUCGAGGACUCGCACCUCCUCCGCAUCAAAACGGCAUCAGCCAAGGACUGCGUAUACUGGGAGACCACCAUGGAGUCUCACAUCGAAGACUACCGCACCAUCGACGGCGUCAACAUCGCGCACGCCGGCCGCACCAACGUCUCGCUCUUCCGUUUCGGGGAGACCAGCGACCGACACACGAGAACACGGAUGGAGGAGACGUGGACGGUGGAGGAGGUGGACUUCAACAUUUGGGGGCUCUCCAUGGAUUGCUUCCUGCCGCCCAGGGACCUCAAGGAGGAGAGGGACGGCGCCGAAAUCGGAGGCGGAGCUCCAUCAGAGAAGGUCGCGCGCCUCCCGGUAAGGGUACCUCCAGUAGCUGCCGCUAGAAUCGGGCCGUCGCAGGUCGCCGCCGUCGACAUAGACGAGUUGGACUCGGCGUGGACGGAGGAUGAAGAGGGCAGGCCAUGAACGAGCAUGUCGCGUGCGUUACCAUUAACUAUUUAACUUCGUCUUGGCGUGUAAAUA